CCAUGAAUUCCCAAAGUUGACAAAUGAAGCUAUAUCUACACCCCAGGUAAGCAAAGGAUAUUAACAUGAUCAGUUGAGGAGGAAAGAGAAAUCAUGAGCAGCAACAUGAACAAUUUCACACCUUUGCCAGGGCCUUGGAGGAGAGGUGUUAGAGCCUAUGAUGUCCACACUUUCAAUAAUAGUGAAUCCAAUGAGGUGCCUGUGUUUUACAGAUCUCACUCUACUCAGGCCACUCAGGAUGACAGGAGUUCAGGUGAACUAAAUCCACUGCGGUUGUGGGAACUCAGAACUCCUUCAGGACUUCACAGUAUACCGAAUUUUCCAGCACAACCUCAUAGCAGACAACAAAUUCAUGUUCACAAUGGUAACAUGGGAAGGAGUUUCAACCCCAGGCACAGAGAGAUUUUCCCGAGGUCACCUCCAAGAUCCACAGUCCAAACAUGCACACAAGUUCCCCCAGUGGUAGAAAACUCCAAAUCAACAGCUUUGAGGAAGCUUAAGAAAGAAGUCUAUAACCCUAUCCCAAAAUGGUUGGCUAAGAAAGUGAGCUUAUAUUAUAGAGAUAAUGCUGUAGAUGAUUUGAAAGAGAGAUUGAAAGAAAAGGAUGAAGAUGGUAAAAGGUGUGCUAUUUGCUUGGAUGAUUUUAAGCCCAAAGAAGAGGUUAUGGUCACUCCGUGUAACCACAUGUUUCAUGAGGAUUGCAUAGUACCUUGGUUAACAAGCAAAGGUCAGUGCCCAGUUUGUAGGUUUGUGAUUUAUGAGAGCAAUGACAUUGCCAAUUUGGAACCAAGUGACAUGGUUGCUGGUGAGCUUUUGUCAAUUUUGAGAGCCAUGGAAGAAGCUUUUCAAUUGGGCAGUGUAACUCAUAUGUACACAUAAGAAUUUACUACAAUUGGGAGGAAGGUUUACUUUCAAGUUCCAACUUAUACUAUAAAGUUUGAUAGGUUGAAAUUGUGAGUUUUUUUUUUUUUUUUGAUAACAGAAAUUGUGAGUUUUGAAUGAUAAGGGAAAUGAAACAAACCAGAAAUCAAGUUGUUAACCAAUAUUAUU